AUGGCUUUCAAGCGUGGAAAGCGAGCUUCAUCGCCUGAAGACGUCGAGCCUAAAAUCUCUGAAGACCGUUCCAAAAGGGCCAAAACCGCCAAAUCUGCUGGAGACUUAGGGAAAGCUGAUGCAAACGCCCAGGUAUCUUCGAAGUUAGACAAAGCGCCCAAGACUGAUUCCAAUGGUGAUCCAUACUGGGAGGUCUCGCGUCAAAGGCGUGUCACUAUCUCAACAUUCAAAGGACGCGUCCUAGUGAAUGUACGCGAAUACUACGAGAAAGACGGACAAGACCUGCCUGGCAAGAAGGGCAUAUCUAUGACUUUGGAGCAAUUCAACAACCUCAUUGCAUUGUUACCUGAAAUCGCAACUGUUGUCGAACAAAAAGGUGGCAAGGUUACUCGACCGGACUUUUCGGAGGCUGCCAUCACCGCUGAAGAGGAUGAGACUAUGUCUGACGCGGAACAAAAGCCCAAAGCAGAUUCCAAACCUUCCCCUACCAAGAACUUCGAAGCUACAAGCGACGAGGAUGAUGGCGAAUAA